UAUAUUACUUAAAGAAAAAAAAGAAAAACUUUUCAAGAUUUUCAGUGAGGACUGAGAGUCUUGAUGACAGACAGCUCUCUCUGGCUUCUCCUUCGCUUUCAGAGUGAAGCCGGCGAAACUCAGAUCUGAAUCCACCUUCAAGAUCUGAAACUCCACCGUAUCCUCCGCUUCCUAAGGAGCUUUCACAUACUGUUCCCUGCUAUCACAAAACCAUGUCAAGGAGGCCAGUAAAUCCUUCCCGACGCCUUGUUGAUGGUGGGAGUCUUCCAUUUGUUGGAACAAUACAUUCGAAGACACGGUCAUCACCUUUGCUAACCAUAGGGCUUGUUGUGGGUACUAUUCUUCUUAUUGGAUUUUGUUAUCAUCAAUCAGGUGGAUCAAGAAGCAAUAUUGAGGCUGUGAGUAAAGUCGAAGGUAGUACAUCGUGCACAGCAGAAGUCCAACGAGCAAUUCCCAUUCUAAAGAAAGCAUAUGGAGAUAGCAUGCAUAAAGUAUUGCAUCUAGGCCCUGAUACUUGUUCAGUGGUGUCGAAAUUGUUAAAAGAAGAGGAUACAGAAGCAUGGGGUGUGGAGCCCUAUGACUUAGAUGAUGCUGAUGCCAGUUGCAAAAGCCUCGUGCGGAAGGGCAUCGUGCGUGCUGCCGAUAUUAAGUUUCCCCUACCAUAUAGAGCAAAGUCGUUCUCUCUGGUCAUUGUUUCGGAUGCAUUGGAUUACUUAUCUCCCAGAUACCUUAACAAAACUCUUCCAGAACUGGCAAGGGUCUCUGUUGAUGGUGUUGUUAUAUUCGCCGGCUAUCCAGGUCGGCAAAGGGCUAAGGAUUCAGAACUUCCCAAAUUUGGACGUCCAGCGAAAUUGCGAAGCUCGUCUUGGUGGAUAAGGUAUUUUGUUCAGACAAGUUUAGAAGAGAAUGAAGCAGUAAUAAAGAAGUUUGAUCAAGCUGCAACUAAAAGGUCCUACAGGCCAGCUUGCCAGGUUUUCCACCUCAAAUCCUACUCUUGAGAAUCUCAAAGCUUAAAACUGUACUUUCUGUAAACUUAUUUUUCAAGCCUGUUUUGUUUUUGCACAAAGUGCUUAGUUGUCUUUUCUUUUUUCUUUUUCCCUUUCUUUUUUUCUUAGAAGAUGCAUGAAAACUGAAGAGCUAUAUUAUAUGUUCAAAUAAUUGUCAUAUAUUAGCUCCCUAAUUUAUAUGCCAUUCUCAGUUAAGCAAAUUGCUAUAGGUUUUAGAAUAGGCAUCUCUCAAAUGUUGCACUUGUUUGUAUCUUAAUGGUGAUUUUUUUCAGUGGCUAAAAUGAUUAAUUUGCAUGAUC